AUGAUGCCAGCUAGAUUUCACAGCAAGGCCAUGGACGGCUUGUUGGAAGGUUCGGUGUUUGCAUACGUCUCUAUGUAUGCACUGAUCAAAGACCGCUGGGCGGAGCCGCAGUUCAAUCCUGUGCAGCUGCAAACGGAGGCCUGGUACACGCCGUGCCUGUACAUAGGUGCCUUCUGUAGCAUCAUCAACGUGGGUCUUGCCUUGGUCGAGAUUGACCAUCGAACAUCGGCCUGUGUUCAGAACGUGCUCGACGAGUCUGCACUUGCGUCAUCUAGACAUCUGGCGUUUCGGGCCGCAGAGUUUUCGAUGCGAUUGUUGACGAUGCUGGCCUUCUGCACUUUUAUGCGUCCAUUGCGAUAUUGGUGGAUCGCGUAUGUGUUGGUUGCGGCGGACUACUUGUUUGGCGUAGCUCUUCUGGUCGUUCUGGGCGGUCGCGACCCAGUGCGUGAGGCCUCCGUGGUACUGGGUGUGCCGCUCUUCAUGGUGAACAUCAUGCAGUUCGUGGAUGCACCCGGAAUGAGUCUUCAGGCCCGCCAGAUCUCGGAGAUAAUGUUUCCUCUCAGAACUGCUGAGCUUCUUGGGGUGUUGGUAUUCUGCGUGUUGUGCCCGGCGGAGAUCAAGGUGGUUGGAUACCGCGAGGAGCGGCUGAGCAUGCUCUCCUUCGUGUUGAACUUGCAUCCAUCCUGGGCCAUCUGCUGGGCUGCAAGCGUGGUCAUCUACUACCUGCUCUUUGCAACGUAUGCUGCAAGGACCAAGCCGGGAGCAGAUCUUCAUAGCGCUGUUGCAUAUGGUGAAGUGGAAGUCCUUCGCAAGUUGCUGCGAAGCUCAGAGCUAGUCCUGGACAUCUCUCGCUUUGGCCCCGAUGGACGCAAUCCUUUGCACUUGGCAGCGAGGAGGGGUCAGGUGGAGUGCAUGAAGCUGCUCGUGGAGGAGAAGGCAGAUCUGCAGGCUCGGACGGGCAAUAAGCAGCAGUACACAGCUCUGCAUCUGGCAGCAAUGAACAAGGCUCCAGAUUCCGCACGCUUCCUUUGUCAAGUUUGCAGAGGUGAUGCGCGUGUGCUAAAUGCUGGAAAUGCUGAUGGAGACACCCCACUUCAUGUAGCGGCCAGGUUCCACAACGUAGAAGUUCUUCGGGAGCUGCUGCGGCAUCCUGCAGUAGACGUCAGGACCUUGAACAAGCAAGGGUUGGCAGCAGCCGAGUGCGCGCCAUCUGACAAGUUCAGCUUCGACCGUGACAGCGCGGAGUGUGCCAUAGCCGACAUGCUACGAGCUGCAGAGGCCAGAAGCAGACAAGCUCCACGAGCCAGCGAAGCCACGUCGGAGGCAGCGAGGCACUCCGCCCAGGAGGAAGUCCUGGAGCUCUCCAAAAUGACUUCGGGCAACCAGCGGUCAUCCAGCAGCGAGGUGCCCGCUGCGGAGCAGGUUGUUCCGGUGGACGAGGAAUCAAGGUUGCCGAAUUCACAGAACGUACCCUUGGUGUCUGUCGGACGCGAAGCCGAGGAGAAUUUCCUGAGGGCGAACCAAGGCGCCGGCAUGCAGCAGCUGUCUGUUGAUGCGCCUAUGGCAGUUACGAACUGCGGCCUUUCCUCGUUCAUGCUGAGUGCCGGUCUGGGCGCUGUCAGCAGAUUCUUUCUCGGGUCCAUCGCAGAAGAUUCAGACAGAGGAUUCAACGGUUCGGAGGGAUCCUCUGUCAGCUUGGAGGAUUUUGCUGAGAUGCGGAUGCUUGGGGAAGGCGCUUUUGGCAAGGUCGUACUGGUGCGCCACAAAGAAACAGGUGAGCUUUAUGCCAUGAAGACCAUGGACAAAGCAAAGUUCAAAGCACAGAAGAUCACAAGCAAAGCUCAGAGCGAGCAGUUCAUCUUGAGAACAACAAGGCACCCUUUCAUCGUGCAGUUGCACUUCGCUUUCCAGUGCUCAUACUUUUGGGCACUGGUCAUGGACUUCUGUCCGAAUGGAGACCUCCAGGGCUGCCUCGGGAAGUACGGCUUGCCUGGGCUCUGCUUGCAGGAUGCAGCGCGCUUUGCCGGAGAAGUGCUGCUGGCGCUGGAGCAUCUUCAUGGUAUCCGUGUGAUAUUUCGAGACCUCAAACUCGAGAACGUGGUCAUCGACUCCAACUUCCGAGCCAAGGUCACGGACUUCGGGUUAGCCAAGAAGCUCUACGCUGGGAGCGAUGCAAACACGAUGUGUGGAUCCUAUGGAUAUGCGGCUCCAGAGAUCAUGCUGAACACUGGCAGAUACACAUUCGCCGUGGAUCUCUAUUCCUAUGGGGUGAUGUUGUACAUGCUCGUGAGCGGCGGUGAGACUUCGCAGCGCAGUCCCAUGCAGAAAACUCGGCUGCCUCCAAAGACUCAUGGGCAGCUGAAGAAGAAGCUCAGGGAUGCGGAGAAGGACAUGGCAGUGGUGUGGGCCAGGCCAGCAUCCGCUGUGUUGCCGCUGCUGAAGACGCUGACCUCAGAGGCAAGCGCUUCUUUAGCGCUUUUUUGGGGCCCCAGGCUUGAUUACUACAUAUUACUACAUAUCACUACAUACUCCUACAUAUUACUACUAGGCCAGUGCAUGAUAUGGCUAAUCGGCUGCAGUUCCUGA